GGCAACAAGAAGCUGAAGAGCACGAUACAGAGAAGCACAGAGACAGGAAUGGCAGCAGAGAUGAGAAGUCGUAUGGUUCGACAGCCAAGCCGGGAAUCCACUGACGGCAGCAUAAAUAGUUAUAGCUCCGAGGGCAACUUAAUAUUUCCUGGAGUACGGCUGGGAGCUGACAGUCAGUUUAGUGAUUUCCUCGAUGGACUUGGACCUGCACAGUUAGUAGGCCGGCAAACCCUUGCAACUCCUGCCAUGGGUGACAUCCAGAUUGGAAUGGUGGAUAAAAAGGGCCAGUUAGAGGUAGAAGUCAUUAGAGCCCGUGGCCUCACACAAAAACCUGGCUCCAAAUCUACCCCAGCUCCAUAUGUCAAAGUGUAUUUAUUGGAAAAUGGAGCUUGUAUAGCUAAGAAGAAGACAAGAAUUGCAAGGAAGACCCUUGAUCCUUUGUACCAACAGACACUGGUUUUUGAUGAAAGUCCACAGGGUAAAGUCCUUCAGGUAAUAGUUUGGGGAGACUACGGCCGAAUGGACCACAAAUGCUUCAUGGGAGUUGCCCAGAUCCUUCUGGAGGAACUGGAUCUGUCCAGUGUGGUAAUAGGCUGGUAUAAAUUAUUUCCACCUUCAUCGCUAGUGGAUCCAACCUUGACUCCCCUGACACGCAGGGCUUCCCAGUCAUCUCUGGAAAGUUCAACCGGGCCUCCCUGCAUUAGAUCAUAGUAGCAGGUGCUGUCUAAUAAAAACAUCACCCCGGAUAACAAUUGGAACCAGAUAUCACAUGAUCAAAAAGCACUGUUGGAGAGAGACAAUCACUUCUGUUUUUGCUUGUAGUAGUUAUCCAAAAAUAUGUCUGAGUUGUUUGUUGAGAGAUGGCUUAAACUGACAGAACAAAGGUAUAUCACAUACGGCCAAUCUAUUAGUGGCUAUCACCGAUGCUUAUAAUGAUUUGGAAAAAAAAAAAA